AUGUCGAAAACAAAGGACCACGCGCCCAAGGCGGACAAGGCCGAGAAGAAGCGCAAGCGACAGGAAGAAGGCGAGGAUGCGCCUAAGAAGUCCAAGAAGUCGAGAAAAUCCGAUGCCGACCAAGAUGCGCCCGCCGCCGAUGCGCCGGUAAUUGAGGAGCCCAAGCUCGACAAGAAGGCCGAGAAGGAAGAGAAGAAGAAGCGCAAGAAGGAGCGCAAGGAGAAGGAGGCCGCAGCCGCUGGUAAGGCAAAGGAAAAAGACGCCGUGAAGGAAUCCGCAGACUUCGUCCCACUCGAUGAAGACGUCUCAAUGCCUGAUGCGAGCGACGACAAGAAGAAGUCCAAGAAGGAGAAGAAGGAAAAGAAAGAAAAGAAGGACAAGAAAGACAAGAAGGAAAAGAAGUCGAAGAAAUCUGAGGCCAACCCCGAGGCAGACAGCCCCGAAGAGCAGGAUGCUGUCGCUGAGGAAGAGACGCCAGCCACCAACGGCGCAGAGACGGAAGCGAAGCUUUCCAAGGAGGAGAAGAAGAAGGCGAAGAAGGAAAAGAAGGAGAAGAAAGAGAAGAAGAAGUCCAAGAAGGAGGACGAUAGCACCGCAGAGGCGGAGACCAAUGGCGAUGCACCUGUAGAGGAGGAAGGCGCUGAGGCUGGCGCUCAAGAGGAUGGCGAAGAAGCUGCUGAGCCAGGCAAGAAGGGCCGCUUCAUCGUGUUUGUUGGCAACCUUCCCUACUCCGCAACCAAAGAAUCCAUCUCCGAGCAUUUCGCCAAGCUACACCCAACCGACAUCCGCCUGCGCACAUACAAGGGCACUGAGAAGUUCAUGGGCACCUGCUUCGUGGAAUUCGACCGCUUUGACCUGCAUGGAAACCUGCUUGAAGAAGAUGGCAAGAAGAAGGAAGGCCGCAAGAUCAACGUUGAAUUGAGCGCUGGCGGUGGCGGCAACAGCGAAGGCCGCAAGUCCAAAAUCGUAGCCAAGAACGAUAAGCUGCACGACGAGCGCGCCCGCGACCGCGAAAAGCGCGCCGAGCUCGAAAUGAAGCAGAGCGAGCGCAAGGAGAAGAAGGAAGCCAAGGGGAAGAAGGGCGAGGAUGUCGCUGAGCCAGAGCCUGACAAUGGCGGCAUACAUCCUGCGCGUUUGGCCAUGAUGGCUGCGCCCGCGCGUCCGGCGCAUUACCAGCGAUACUAG